AUGACUCGUAGUUCAGGGGCAUCAAAAGAAAUCGACGUAGCAGGAGACUAUUUGAUGAAAUUAUUAAAUGGAAAAAUGAAAUUUUCGGUAAAACAAGUUGAUUUAUUUAAACAUAUAUUUAAUGAUGUAUUAUCGAAACGUUUUAUGGGGCAUUGGUUUCCAGAUCCCGGCGAGGUUACCAUUCGUUUUGGUGAGGAAGGUACAACAUGUGUACUUUAUUCAAAACAUACUCAAGAAUUAUAUGGUGGAAGUGAUGGUGAAGAUGAUCGAUCCUCCUCUUCUUCAGAAGAUGAUUCAAAUAUUAUAAAAGAUUUACAAUCGUUGACUAUUACUGAUGAUACGUUAUCAUUGAAUAAUCAAAAAUUAAAGUCUGGAGCUACGGCUAGUCCUAUUUUGACAUCAUUUACUCGUAAUAUGUCAUCUUUGUCAAGCCGUGGACCAAGUCCAUCCGCAUCAAGUAUUUCAUCAAAUGACAGUACGAACACCACAUCAGUAUCACAACCUCGACGUCAACCACAACCAUUAUUCAUACCAACUUAUUCGUUUCUUCAAUCAGAUAUUGUUAAUAAUAAAUCAGCGUCAUCGAAUUUACAAUUUUUAAAUUAUCCAUAUGAACAACAGUCGAACAUUGACUAUGUAACAGGUCCAGAUGAUAUACGUCAUCAAAACGAACUCUUUGAAAAUUUAUCAGUGAAUUCGUAUAUAAAUUCGAAUAGUGAUCCAUUACCUACAAACUAUAAUCUUCAAAAUGGUUUUUAUAAUCCAUCGAAUUGGCAUGAUCAAUCAUUACAACAACAGCAACAGUUUUGGCCUCAAACAUCAACUGAUUAUUCGUUUAUGUAUAAUACCGAAGGACGAUAUUGA